UGCUUCUUCUUCUUCUAUACAAAAGGAUAUUUAGAAAGUCCAUAUUUGGGGAAGCUGAUGAAAUGGAAUUGAAGUUUAUGAAUAGGAGGAACCAUGAAGAUUUGAAACUUUUCAGUAUUAUUUUGAACCAAGAAAUCAGAAGGCUGUCGAGACAGGUUAUCAGAGUGAAAUGGUCACUCCAUGCAAGAGAAGAGAUUGUUUUCGAGCUUAUUCAACAUUUAAGGGGUAACAUAACCAAAACUUUGCUAGAAGGAAUAAGAAAGAGUACGAGAGAAAUGAUUGAGGAACAGGAAGCAGUUCGUGGGCGCUUGUUUACCAUCCAAGAUGUCAUGCAAAGCACCGUGCGUGCUUGGUUGCAGGAUAGGAGUCUCCGUGUUACCCAUAAUUUGGCUGUGUUUGGAGGAUGUGGACUUGUUCUGUCGAUCAUAACAGGGCUGUUUGGCAUCAAUGUUGAUGGAAUCCCAGGAGCACAAAACACUCCAUAUGCGUUUGCACUGUUUACUGCCCUUGUUGUUAUCUUGGGAAUUGUGUUGAUCAGUGUUGGGAUUCUCUACCUUGGCCUGAAAAAGCCCAUAGAUGAAGAGAAGGUUCAAGUCAGGAAGUUGGAACUUCAAGAAUUAGUUAAAAUGUUCCAGCACGAAGCUGAAACUCAUGCUAAGGUUCGAAAGAACGUUUCUCGUCAUAACCUGCCUCCAACUGGAUCCGAUCAAUUUGUAGAUGAUGCAAAUUAUGUUCUCAUCAACUAAUAUAUGUGAUUUUCAUGUAUGAUAAGUAAUGUAAUUUAGGUUUGAUUAACUUAUGUCAAGAUGUAAAUUAGGUUUUGUGGAAAUGGUCCAAGUCCCAUACUGCACCAUAUUAUAUCUAACGUUAAAUUUCUUC